AUGUCGCUAACACAUUCGCUGGAGCGCCUCUGGAGGCCGCUGGCCACACGGGCGAACCCAGUCUUAUCCCAAUGCCGCCGCCACGCAUCCACAGACAUCGGCGACACCAUCACAGAACUCGAAGGCGGCUCUUCGCUGCGCACCCUCGACGCCGAUAUCGAUAACCUGGCCACUACCUACGACCCCGUCGGUCGCGCCAGCAAGAGAAACCGCCAAUUGCCUGCCAGCAGAUACAAGUUCCGUCCGCCCAAGUACUACCGCGGUCCUUUGCACCCUCACCAGCCGCCGCCAAACUCUGAUCCUGCGUCGAGAUUGUUUGUGCCUGGACCNUUUUCCGUGCCGAGAUUGGAGCAGACGUAUAGCAGCACGUUCGAGAGCGAUCUCAUGACUUUGGCAUAUACGCAUUUCCCGCCUGGCUACAAGGCCCCUGCCAAAUCGCCGCGUCUCAGGCCUUGGGAGGGUGCUUCCCCUUACUACAAGAAUCGUCCUCUGAGAGGACCCAGAGGUAGUGAUGUCUUGCGCUUACUCCGCAAACCAAUCACUUUCCGCAAUGUGCCCAAGCUGGAGAAGAUCACCGUGCACACCAUGGUCAAAGGCGCCCUUGACGAUUCCGCACACUUGCACGUUGCGGGUAUGGUUAUGCAAGCAAUCUCCAAUGUACGCGUUACAACCCACAAGACGCGCAAAAACGUUGCUGGAUUCGGGCUUAGGGCAGGCCAAUACGUGUCCGUGACCGCAGAGCUCAGAGGCGAAGACAUGCAGCACUUCCUCGCCAAAGUCAUCGAUAUCGUCAUGCCCAAGAUCAAGGAGUGGAAGGGAGUAAAGGGCAGUUCUGGAGACUCGAGUGGUAACUUGACGUUUGGAUUUACGCCAGAGGAGACGGCGCUGUUCCCUGAGGUUGAAGUCAACUAUGACAUGUACCCUCCCAAGAUGAUCCCUGGCUUCCACGUCACCGUCCACACCACCGCCACAAACGACAGAGAUGGCAGACUGCUGCUCAGCGCUCUCGGUAUCCCCUUCUACGGCAAGCAGAUCAACUAG